AUGCGAGCUGUGGCCUACCUGAACCUCUUGAACCUGGUGGCGGGAGUGCGAGACGCCUACAAGGCGAGGAACGAUGCGGACGAUGUGGGUGUGACCGCUUUGGACCCGCCUGACCAGUCGCAGCAUCUUUCGAAGGAGCCAGUGCUCUUGUACUACAUCAACACAGUCGACAACGUUGCCCGACGUGCCCAGAUCGAACAGCAGGCGAAACAGCUGGACUUGCCAUUGCAACGCUUCAGGGCCGUGGACACGCAAGACGUCGCUGCUGGGACCUAUGCACGGUACAUCACCGUCGAUCCGAGCGAGAGCAUCUCGAGGACCUACCAGGCGAAUGCCACGGUGGCGUGUUUCUUGAGCCAUGUCUUCCUGAUGACCGAGAUCGCCCGGAACUUCAGCGACGACCGAAUAGCUCUCAUUAUGGAAGAUGAUGUGGUUCUUCCCAGAGACCUUCUGGCCAGGCUGGACCACCUCCUGGGCUGUGCUCCAGAUGGCUGGACGCUGCUGAAGGGCUCCUCCUGGGGUGCCAUGCGCUCCUCUGACUUGGUGAGGCCACACAGAAACAGCUGGCAGGAGUUGGUCUUCCAGGUGAAGGCAUUGAUCUCCUUGAUGGAUGUACAGGCUUGGAUCACCUGGGAUCACCCCAGGCAAUGCCCAAACAUCUAUCGGAUGCACGAACCCUUCACAGAAGCACCUCCUUUGCCAAGGUCUUUGAUCCAGUCCUAUCCUGAUUACUAUUAUGCUGGGACUGGAGCCUAUCUGAUCAAGGUCUCGAGCAUUCCACAAGUGCUUCGACAUUUGCGUUCCCGUCGCAUCAAAGACAUUGACCAGAUGAUGCUCAGCUUUCGGGGUGGAAGACCUUGCACUGCUGGUGAGUACUGCCCAUAUCAAGUCUGGCCUUAUGUCGUGGCCUUGAGCUGGCGACACUGGAUAUCGAGUCUGCUACCUGCUGACCAAGUCAAGAAGCGAGUUGGCGAACUCUUCAUCAUGGCCUCGGCCCUUCUGAGCCUGGCCAUUCUGUCCGUUGUCCUGCUGCUCCGAAGAAUCUUUGGGUCUCACAAGGUGAGGUAA